CAGGUGUUAUAAUUUCGAGGAAUCCUGUGACCUAUUUGAAGAACAUCACUCACAGAAGCUUUUGUCGUGUGAAAAUUUAUAAACUAGAAUGGCUUUGAAAAAAGCACCUAAACUAUUCAAGAAAUUAUUUUUUCACUGGAAACUUUGGAAGUUUAGCAUUAUUGUGUUUGUCUUUCUGGUAUUUUUAUUUUUAUUGCAAAGAGAAGUGGGUGUUCAAGAUUUUAAGGAUGAAGCAGGGAUGGAGCCAGUUGUUGGAAAGAAAAGUCAUAUGUUAGGUCUCAUGUUUAAUGCUAUGAACAAUAUCAAAGGUGCAAAGCCAAAAAUGCAGAUAAAAGCACCUGUUAGGCAAACUAAGGUUCCUGGAGAGCGACACUGUUUGCCAGGACACUAUACUGCAGUGGAACUAAAACCCUUUCUAGAUCGACCCCUUCAAGAUCCUAAUGCUCCUGGAGCUUCUGGUAAAGCCUUUAAAACCGUUGACUUAAAUUCAGAAGAACAGAAAGAAAAAGAGCGUGGAGAAGCAAAACACUGUUUUAAUGCAUUUGCAAGUGAUAGGAUUUCUUUACACCGAGACCUUGGACCAGACACUCGACCUCCUGAAUGUAUUGAACAAAAGUUUAAGCGUUGCCCACCAUUGCCAACCACAAGCAUUAUAAUUGUUUUUCAUAAUGAAGCAUGGUCUACUCUGCUCAGAACUGUGCACAGCGUGAUGUAUACGUCUCCUGCCAUACUGCUAAAGGAGAUCAUUUUGGUGGACGAUGCCAGUGUAGAUGAAUACUUGCAUGACAAACUAGAUGAGUAUGUGAAACAGUUUCAAAUAGUUAAAGUAGUCCGUCAAAAGGAGAGAAAAGGUCUGAUCACUGCACGGCUCUUGGGAGCUUCAGUAGCAACAGGAGAGAUCCUUACCUUUCUGGAUGCUCAUUGCGAAUGCUUUUAUGGCUGGUUAGAGCCAUUACUGGCAAGAAUAGCUGAGAACCCUGUUGCUGUUGUAAGCCCUGACAUUGCUUCUAUAGAUCUCAAUACGUUUGAAUUCAGUAAACCGUCUCCUUAUGGGCAUAGCCACAACAGAGGAAAUUUUGAUUGGAGUUUGUCAUUUGGAUGGGAGUCUCUACCUAAACAUGAAAAUAAAAGAAGAAAAGAUGAAACCUAUCCAAUUAGAACACCUACUUUUGCUGGAGGUCUCUUUUCAAUAUCAAAAGACUACUUUGAACACAUCGGAAGCUAUGAUGAAGAAAUGGAAAUAUGGGGAGGUGAAAAUAUAGAAAUGUCUUUCAGAGUAUGGCAAUGUGGUGGACAGUUGGAGAUCUUGCCUUGCUCUGUUGUUGGCCACGUCUUUCGCAGCAAGAGUCCCCAUACUUUCCCAAAAGGUACUCAAGUGAUCACACGUAAUCAAGUUCGCCUUGCAGAAGUGUGGAUGGAUGAAUAUAAAGUAAUAUUUUACCGAAGAAACACAGAGGCAGCAAAAAUUGUGAAACAAAAAACGUUUGGAGACGUUUCAAAAAGACUUGCAUUAAGGCAGCGUCUGCAAUGUAAAAACUUCACCUGGUAUCUCAGUAAUGUUUAUCCAGAAGCAUAUGUGCCAGACCUGAAUCCUUCGUUUUCUGGAUUUUUAAAAAAUAUAGGUAACCACAUGUGUCUGGAUGUUGGUGAAAACAACCAAGGUGGCAAACCAUUGAUUAUGUAUUCUUGUCAUGGACUUGGAGGAAAUCAGUACUUUGAAUAUUCUGCACACCAUGAAAUUAGACAUAACAUUCAGAAGGAGCUCUGCCUGCAUGCUUCUAAAGGACCUGUGCAGCUUUGUGAGUGCAGCUACAAAGGCCAGAAAACCUUAGCCGCUGGAGAGGAGCAAUGGCUGUACCAAAAGGAUCAAACUCUGUACAAUGCAGCAUUACAUAUGUGCCUUACGGGAAAUGGACAACAUCCGAGUUUGGCAACCUGUAAUCCAUCAGACCCCUUCCAGAAGUGGAUCUUUGGCCAGAACAAUUAAAAUUUUAUAUUUAUAGGCCAGGAGCAUUCAAUUAAAAGAAGAGAUCCAUUCUUCUUUUAGAGAGAUCAUAUGUAUACUGCAUUUUUAAGUGAUGCUUCAAAUGCAAAAUGUUUAAACAGUUUCUUUUCCCUCUUAAAUUGGAUUUAAAAUGUGUCGGCAGAGAUUCUCAAGGAGUGUGUUAUACCAAAGA